AGUAUAAGGGCGGUACAGUUGCCGGUGCCUAUUUGCACGCAUCAGCCAGUGAAGACGGAUAUAAAUAGUAGGCUAACAGUUAAUUAGUUAGGUAAGGAAUUCGAGAGGGGCCUGGCUGUGAGAAUUUGAUACACGGACAGGUAACUCAAGCAUUGCUGAUUCUCGGUGUAUCCAGUCCAUAUAUAAGUACUCAUCGGCUGACAUCAGUCACCACAAAGCCUUACAUCCUCUGCUUUGGACACCGGCAAGGCGAGACAAUCAAAGCGGAUUAAUAUGUCACUCACUUCUAUCCUUUCCGUGGAGGAUAUUGAGAAUGCCGUUAAGGAGUUCCAAGCCCCAGACUCCUUCAGCUUCAAGAAGUUUUUCCAGCUGUGUGGCCUGACCUCCAAGUCUCCCAAAGAAGUCAAAGAUGUCUUCCAGAUCCUUGACGACGACAACAGUGGCUACAUCGAGGAGUCAGAGCUCAAGUUCUUCCUGCAACGGUUUGUUCCCGGGGCGCGGACACUGACAGACGCUGAGUGCAAAGGCUUCCUGUCUGCGGCUGAUGAUGACAACGACGGCAAGAUCGGAGUAGAAGAAUUCCUGAUCAUGGUCCAGUCCUGAGAGAUCCAUGGGCACAGAGAGAGCAGCAGGUGUUCGUUCUCCUCUCCUUCCUCCAGCUUCCAGCCUCCAGUCUACUUCCUCAAGCCUACAGCAGCCUCCAUUCCUGGAAAUGUGAUUUUCUCUGUCCUGCUUGAAUUGUACUCUUCAAGUUUGAUUUUUGUCAGAGCCCCUCUCGAUUCAAUUACAUUUUGAAUCCAUGAGACCAUUUUUUUUGCCUUUUGAUUAAGUUCUAGAAGGUUGUAUAGCUGUGUCGCUCCAUGUUACCUUCCAAUGCACACCACAUUGUCUAUCAAAGAAAUGAAUAAACACAUUGUAACUUA